AUGGAUUUGUUAUCAUCCUCUGUAGAUAUCGCUUUUUUACUCUUAACAUUACUUGUAAUCUAUCAUCAUCCCAUUUCUUCUUCGGCCAAUCCCAAUUUCAAUUCCAAUUCUAAUCAAGAAGUGACUGUUCCGCCACCCAAUUCACAUAAUCAUGGAUUGGAACCUGGUUCACCUCAUCCUUCGCCUGGAUAUUUAGCUGUUCCAUCUAUAACAGUUACGAGACCUUCCAGACCUCCUUUACCUGGAGCCGGAGGUGCGCAAGGCAGACAUAAGAAGAAAUCAGUCAGUUUCAGUUUAAGUUCAAUGGAUGAUUUAAUACCUUCUUCAUCCAAUAACCCCUCUUCUUCCUCUUCUUCUUCUUCUUGGUACAAGAGAAGGCCACCUACUCCUUUUCAACAUAAAUUACCUAAAUCACCAAUCGAGCAAUCCCUUCAAUCUCCAUCUCUUUCUCCAUCUCCAUGUCCAAGUCCAGCUCGACCACCAAGUCCAUGUCUGAGCCCAAACGCCAGAAGUCAAGCUCAAGUGGUGGCAGAUUUGAAUGUGGGACCAAAAGGUGAAAUUAGACAUGCAGAAUUGGAACAUGGUAUCUUGAAACAAGAUCAUAUGAGUAUUCAGAAGAAAUGGUUGGUAACUUAA